GAAUGAUAAUGAUAAACAUUUAGCAAUAAAAGAGAAUGUUAACUCGGGAGAUGUAAUAAUUGCAACAAACCUAGCUGGAAGAGGAACAGAUAUUAAAACAAGUGCUAGCGUUGAAAAGAAUGGAGGAUUGCACGUGAUAGUUACAUUUCUGCCAUUAAAUUCAAGAAUAGAGGAACAAGCGUUUGGAAGAACUGCAAGACAAGGAGCAAAAGGAACUGCCCAAUUAAUGAUUGAUAGAAUGGAUACUGAAAAAAAAAUUAAAUACGAAACUAGAUUGUAUGAAAUGGAGGAGGUUAAAUUAAGAGAUAUACUAUUUGAGAUAUACUUAGAGAUCAAUAACAACCUAAGAAAGGUAGAAGAAGAGAAGAUAAAAGAAAUGUCAAUAUUUGAAAAGUUAGCAAAAAAAGAUAUAUAUGAACUUAAACUACUGCAAGUAGAAGAGAGAUGGGGAAUGAAACUAAAAUUAUUUGAAAAGACAUUAGCUUAUAAUAGUGGGGCAAAGGAAAAACUGAAAAGGUAG